UGCAGAACCCCACCACUCUCUCUCCUUUGGUCCUCCUGCUUAUAAGGGGCAGCUAUGACAAUCUCGUACUACACUUCCUUUCACUCUUAGUUUUCUUUCCCUUUUGUGGGUUCUCUUGCUUUAGGACUUCCCAACUCAAGACACAUUCCCUUCUCAUUAUCAAUUACUUUUUGCACAGAACUCAGUUAAGCUGUAGUGAGGUGCCAUCUCCUGCUCGGGAUUAACAUUCCUGUUUCAACCCUAAGAGUCAUGGCAUCAAGUUCCCUCAACUCCUCCUGGACACCUAAACAGAACAAACUUUUUGAAAAGGCACUGGCUGUUUAUGACAAGGAUAAUCCAGACCGCUGGCAAAAUGUGGCCAAGGCAGUGGGUGGCAAAUCUACUGAAGAAGUAAAAAGGCACUAUGAUCGCCUUGUUGAAGAUCUCAUGUAUAUAGAAUCUGGUCAAGUCCCACUACCCAAUUACAGAGCCACUAGCAGCAACAAUGGAGGAAUUGGUGAUACACAAAGGCUUAUGAGGAAUUUAAGAAUCUAAUAUGCAAGCACGAGUGAAGCAAACAUAAUCUCUUUGGUCUUGCUGUUUUUCCAGUUGUUAAUCAGUUGUUAAGUCUGUACAAUGAAAAUGACAAAAUACAAAUUAUCUAUGUUUCUCAGUUUCUGUCCUCCCUAACCCUAAGCAUGUAGUGUUACUUACUGUGAUGGGUUCUCAAGUGAGAUGUUAAAAAAUUGUGUUUUUGUGAUCUA